GUAGCCCUUCAAAAAUAUUGACCUUCAACCCCCAUUGGGUGGAGGGAAGUAGCCAACAAAGCAUCUCGGACAAAGCAAAUGCCAAAUUUCUUGGGUCAUAUUCACAUGCUUCCAUGGAGGAUGGCACAUCCGGUGAUUUCUUGCAGAUUCAUUUACUGCAUAUAAAACGCUCAUUUGGUUUCCAUUUCUCGAGCCAAGAAUUGAGGGUUUAUCCCACGAUCAAAGUCGCCAUCCAAUUACAUCGUCUCUAUUCUCUUAUAACGUCAUUCAUUUUGGCUAUUUAACACACAUCAACGAGAUCAAAGCUUACGAGUUCCCACAGAAGCCUCCACUGAAUUGUGGAGUACUCAAAGAAACCUCCUUUGAAUUGUGGAGCACACACAGAAGCCUACAUUGAAUUUGCUCAGCAUCCAUAGACACCUUCAUUGAAAUAUCAGUACCCACAGAAACCUUCAUUGAAUUCACAAAUACCCAGAGCAGUCCUCAUUUGAAUCAACGGAUACCCUCUUAAGCGUCCAUCAAAUUGAGCAAUACCCACAUUAGUCUCCAGUGAAUUGAGCAAUACCCACCUAAGUCUCCAUUGAAUUAGUCAACAUCACCAUGGGGAUCUGUGCAGUUUGAAGCUAAACAGAUCUGUAAUCAGUUUAAGGGGAUCUGAAAAUGGCGAAUCCUCUGGCCCAGGAGAAGGAAAAGCUUCUACCUUCGGUCAGGGGAUCGAAUGCCUCCAAGCAGUCUGCAAGCUCUUCUAGCAGGGUCUUCACCAUAGGCCUAGUGGGUGCCUGGUAUUGCUCAAAUAUAGGGGUACUGCUACUGAACAAGUACCUGCUCAGUAACUAUGGGUUCCGAUUCCCUAUCUUUCUGACCAUGUGCCAUAUGACAGCCUGCUCUUUGCUGAGCUAUGUGGGCAUAGUGUGGAUGAAGAUGGUGCCAAUGCAGGCAAUUAGGUCAAGAGUGCAGUUCAUGAAGAUCUUUGCAUUGAGUGUGAUUUUCUGCACAUCUGUUGUGGGCGGGAAUAUCUCGCUGAGGUAUCUGCCGGUGUCUUUUAACCAGGCAGUUGGGGCGACUACGCCAUUUUUCACAGCAGUCUUUGCAUAUCUCAUGACUGUCAAGAGAGAGGCCUGGCUGACAUAUCUUACGCUUCUUCCUGUUGUCACAGGCGUCAUCAUUGCGAGUGGGGGUGAGCCGAGUUUUCAUCUGUAUGGCUUCAUAAUGUGCAUUUCAGCGACUGCUGCAAGAGCUCUCAAAUCUGUGCUUCAAGGGCUUCUGCUAUCUUCUGAAGGGGAGAAGCUAAGCUCCAUGAAUCUACUGCUUUAUAUGGCUCCUAUUGCAGUAGUAGUUCUGCUACCUGCAACAUUGUUUAUGGAACCUAACGUGCUGGGGAUAACCGUAGCACUUGCAAGGCAGGAUUCAAAGAUAAUUUUUUACCUCCUUUUCAAUUCAGCCCUAGCUUAUUUUGUGAACUUAACCAAUUUUUUGGUCACCAAGCACACAAGUGCUUUAACUCUCCAGGUACUAGGCAAUGCAAAGGGAGCUGUGGCAGUAGUUGUCUCCAUCUUGCUCUUCAGAAAUCCUGUAUCUUUUAUAGGCAUGCUUGGUUACACCCUUACAGUAAUUGGGGUAAUUCUUUACAGCGAAGCGAAACGGAGAUUCAAAUGAUGUUGAACUUAAAAUUAGGGGGAGUUCUUGGGCUCUUCAGUGCUGGAAUAUGCCCUUUGGAGGAAGUGUCAUCUGCCCUUCAAAGUUGAUCAAGAGAUGCAUUGUAUACUGUAAUUUUUCAUUGGAAGCGAGAAAAAUAUUUGAUUUGAAUUUAUGGGAGGCCAAAAGAAAAUAUAAAGAAGUAGGAGCUGCUUUUUGGUCUGCUUUGUGCCAUAUGAUCUGACAGGAAAAUGUCAUUUCAUUUCUUUAUUCUUUUUGAGGUCAACAGAUUUCCGUUGGCAAUUCACAUGUCAUUUUUGCAUUUAAUCAAUGAAAAACAUUCUUGUGUUGUUUCGA